AUGGCACCUCACAAGAAGAAAGAAAAGAGGGAAGAACAGGUCAUCAGCCUUGGUCCUCAGGUGGCUGAAGUGGAAAAUGCAUUUGGGUGUCACAUAUUUUCAUCCUCCAAUGACACUUUUGUCCAUGUCACUGACCUCUCUGGCAAGGAAACCAUCUGUUGUGUGGCUGGUGGGAUGAAGGUGAAGGCUGAUGGAGAUGAGUCAUCUCCAUAUGCUGCCAUGUUGGCCACUCAGGAUGUAGCUCAGAGGCACAAGAAGCGGGACCUCACUGCUCUCCACAUCAAACUCAGGGCGACAGGAGGACACAGGACCAAGACCCCUGGACUAGGGGCCCAGGGAGCCCUCAGAGCCCUCACUCACUCAGGAAUGAAGACUGGGCUACUGAGAUAUCACCCCAUCCCCUCUAACAGCACCUACAGGAAGGGGGGUCGCCAUGGUUGCCAUCUGUGA